GCUUUGAUCGCAAAAAAAGAUUUCAGCAAUUAUAUUAUGGUAUACUGCGACGUUUCUUAACAACAUUAAUUUCGAAGCUUCCGGAUUUGAAAAAAUCGGUCGAAGUAGUCAAUCAUUUAGAAGAGAAAUCGAAAAAAAAGGAAACCAUUGAAGUGACACAUUUGCUCAGUGAUCAUGUUUACCAGCGGGUGAAAACAGAUUCACUUGAUAAGGUACUUCUAUGGCUUGGUUCUAAUGUUAUGGUGGAAUUCAGUCUGAGCGAAGCGCGAUGCAUACUUGAAGACAAUUAUAAAAGUGCAAAUGAUGGAGUGACGAAAUACGAGAAAGAGUUAGCAUUCCUUAAGGAUCAGAUAACGACAACGGAAGUCAAUAUGGCCCAUGUUUACAACUAUGGUAUUCGAAAAAGAGCAGGUCGAUGA